GCACUCACGGGGCAGAUACUCGUCCGAUUGGCGGCUGCCCUCUGGGCCACCAGUCGGCAAGCAGAGUCCUACUCGUCGACCGUGAGCAAGAUGGCCGCCAUGCACGGUGGUAGUGUCGCUAUUGUGUAGUGUGUUUUAAGCUUUUGGCAGCUUCUGUGUGCGCGGCCCUACGUCGCGGCGGCUGCCCUACUGCCGCGCGCGGGGCGGGGGGGUACCGCCGGUCCUCGCGCACCCUCGCAGUCGAGGGAAUACGCGAAGCCGCCGAUCAAGUGCUGCGGAGCUGCGAGAGGAACAGGCGGCGGAGGAGGAAGAGGAGGAAGAGAAGGAGGCGGAGGACGACAACGGCAACAGACACGGAGACGAGGACGUCCGCCGAGCGCCGCCGACAGAAAGAUGCCGAGCGCGUCGUUCACGUCGUCGCGCAGCUACGUGCGGAGAUCACGGCGGAAAGGCGCAAACAGGAUUCCUCUGCCGUCGAGAACCACUUCGGCCGAGCCAUGCGACCUGCCGUGUCCAUCGCCAAACCCACAGAUGCUACCUGGGGGUGGAGUUGGCAGUGGCGGGGGUGCAGGAGGCGGAGGAAAUGGCGGAAGAGGCUCGUCUCCUAGUGUAUCCGGUGUGGCUGCACCCUCACCUUCCCCGUCUCAUUCGCAUUCAUCGCCUUACGAUUUGAGACGCAAGAGUCCACCUCAUCCGGACCCAGCGCCCGGCACCAGUUCUGCAUUACCACCGUCGGGUGGUAGCAGUAUCGUCGCAACCCUCGGUUGCUCGUCUCUACCAGCGAGAAAACGGCCGAGACGAACAUGCUCGCUAUCCACGGAAGGUAUAAAUACAAAUACAGCGGCGCACUAUCUUCAGUAUGAGCUACCGGACGAAGUGUUGCUCACGAUAUUCAAUUAUCUCAUGGAGCAGGACCUGUGCAGAGUAUCGCAGGUCUGCAAGCGUUUCCAGACGAUUGCGAACGACACGGAGCUUUGGAAGUCACUCUACCAGCAGGUGUACGAGUACGACCUGCCGUUGUUCAAUCCCGCGCCGUGUAAAUUUGAGUUCGUGUCGCCGGACGAGUCCGACUAUCCUAAUCCGUGGAAGGAGAGCUUUAGGCAGCUGUACAGGGGCGUUCACGUUAGGCCCGGCUUCCAGGAUUUGAAGUUCAAGGGACGCAAUCUCCCACACUUCAAUACGAUUCAGGCUGCCUUGGACUACGUCGACGAAUAUAGAAAUAACAGUGGUGCUUCGGCAAGCGGCACUAACACAACCGCCGGCGGACAAGGUUGCUGCAGUAGCAGUGGCAACAGCAACAAUAAUUCGCAGGCAAUCGAGGAGGGGCCUCAGCAUUUGGUGUUUUUACACGCCGGCACGUAUAGAGGCGAAUUCCUCGUUAUAGACAAUGACGUGGCGUUGAUAGGCGCCGCGCCCGGUAACGUCGCAGAAUCCGUUAUAUUGGAGCGCGAGAGCGAGUCAACAGUCAUGUUCGUGGAGGGCGCGAAACGCGCCUACGCUGGUCACCUCACGUUAAAAUUCACCCCCGAUGUCACCAGUACUGUGCCGCAUCAUAAGCAUUAUUGCUUAGAAGUGGGUGAAAAUUGUAGCCCUACCGUCGAUCAUUGUAUCAUCAGAAGUUCGAGUGUUGUCGGUGCGGCGGUAUGUGUCUCCGGCGUGGGGGCUAACCCGGUGGUGAAGAACUGCGACAUAUCGGACUGCGAGAACGUGGGUCUGUAUGUGACUGAUUAUGCUCAAGGCACUUAUGAGGACAACGAGAUUUCGCGGAACGCGUUGGCCGGCAUUUGGGUGAAGAAUUACGCGAACCCGAUAAUGCGGCGGAAUCACAUUCACCACGGUCGCGACGUAGGCAUAUUUACAUUUGACAAUGGUCUUGGCUAUUUCGAAGCCAAUGACAUACACAACAACCGGAUAGCGGGGUUUGAGGUAAAAGCCGGCGCUAAUCCGACCGUUGUGCAUUGCGAGAUACACCACGGUCAGACGGGAGGCAUUUACGUCCACGAGAACGGUCUGGGCCAAUUCAUCGACAACAAAAUCCACUCCAAUAACUUCGCCGGUGUGUGGAUCACCUCGAACUCGAACCCUACCAUACGACGGAACGAGAUCUACAACGGCCAUCAAGGUGGAGUGUACAUAUUCGGUGAGGGUAGGGGUUUGAUUGAGCACAACAACAUCUACGGCAAUGCUUUGGCUGGCAUACAGAUUAGAACAAACUCAGACCCCAUCGUCAGACACAAUAAGAUACACCACGGUCAGCACGGCGGUAUUUAUGUGCACGAGAAGGGCCAAGGCUUGAUCGAAGAGAAUGAAGUCUACGCGAAUACCUUGGCAGGCGUCUGGAUAACGACGGGCUCGACGCCGGUAUUAAGGAGAAAUCGCAUUCACAGUGGCAAACAAGUCGGCGUAUAUUUUUACGACAACGGCCACGGAAAGUUGGAAGACAAUGAUAUUUUCAAUCAUUUAUAUUCAGGAGUACAAAUAAGGACUGGCAGUAACCCGGUAAUACGUGGAAACAAGAUAUGGGGUGGGCAGAAUGGCGGUGUUCUUGUGUAUAAUAGUGGCUUAGGAUUACUCGAACAAAAUGAGAUUUUUGAUAACGCGAUGGCUGGCGUUUGGAUUAAGACGGACAGUAAUCCCACUCUGAAGAGGAACAAGAUAUUCGAUGGUCGAGACGGCGGAAUUUGUAUAUUUAACGGUGGCAAAGGUAUCCUAGAGGAGAACGACAUAUUUCGCAAUGCGCAAGCAGGUGUGCUCAUUUCGACGCAAUCUCAUCCUGUGUUGAGGAGGAACCGGAUUUUCGACGGACUGGCAGCUGGAGUUGAAAUAACCAAUAACGCCACCGCUACGCUGGAAAGCAAUCAAAUAUUCAAUAAUCGAUUCGGUGGUUUGUGUUUGGCGAGCGGAGUGCAACCAACGACUAGAGACAAUAAAAUAUAUGACAACCAAGAUGCAGUGGAGAAGGCGGUCGGAAACGGCCAAUGUCUGUACAAAAUCUCCUCGUAUACGUCGUUUCCCAUGCACGACUUUUACCGCUGUCAAACGUGCAACACGACGGAUCGCAAUGCAAUAUGUGUUAAUUGUAUAAGAACUUGUCAUGCUGGCCACGACGUAGAAUUCAUCAGACACGAUCGAUUCUUUUGCGAUUGUGGCGCCGGAACGUUGAGCAAUCAGUGUCAGCUGCAGGGUGAGCCUACCCAAGACACGGAUACAUUAUAUGAUAGCGCAGCGCCCAUGGAAUCGCACACACUUAUGGUCAACUAGGAACUAACCUAAUAUAAUUUAAACAAUCAAACAACGUUAGAAUUGUAAGUCCACUAUAUCGCGAGCACGCAGUAACCCAUUGCCGAGUUCUUUAUUGCGACCAUCGAUUUGCUUUAUACAUGUCGAACGCGAUUGUUACUUUUUUAAAAAAAAUUUGUUGAUAUUGUUAAUAUUAUUUAAUGUUCACUUAUCGGGAUCUGUCCCUCUUUAUCAGCUUUAUCAUUGUUUAGUGUUAAGCAAAGAGAUAUUCGCGAAUAACCGAUAAAGAUUUUGAUUGUGCAUUUGUAGGCGAAUUUACAUAUGUACAAUAACAAUAAAAUGCAAGAUGAUCUAGUGGAAAAGAGUCGAAGAAUUUGGAAGCAUAUAAUACUUCAAGUGUUUAAACAACGUAGGCAACAAUCGAUUAUAGAUCUAUGCAGUUGUUUUCCGUCGUAAAAAUAUUGGGGUGACGUGUUAAAAAAUGAAUAUAUUGCGAGAUAUUUCGUUUUAUUUUCUGACAUUCUGACAAAGUGUAUCGCACUCUGGAUACAUGAAAUAUCUCGUGUUCAUACAUUUUUCAAUUAUCUUAUCUCAAUAUUUUUAUACUUAAAACACUUAGUCAAAACUUGUUUUUUUACUGACUUCAUAAAAGAUAUUUUAUAUAAAAGAAAUAUAUAUAUAUAUAUAUAUAUAUAUAUAUAUGUAUAUAUGUGUAUAUGUAUGUAUGUAUGUAUAUACAUCUCCAUGCAAGCAAUCUCUGAAAAGAUCUGAAAAAUCUUUUGAUUCAGUGUUGUUUUAUAAUUUAUUACUUAUAUUUGAGAUUCAUAGGUGCUUCUUUUAAAUUCCCUGACUCUGAAAAAAGAUUAUCUUGUAAAUACUGCAGUUUUUGCUAUAAAAGUAUGUAUAUAGUUCACUAAUAGCCUAUAUUCUCUUUCUUCUUUUGUUACUAUAAAGAAUAUUAAAAAAAAACGUACAAAUUUAUUAAUUAAUUCAAUAUACUUACAAAUGCAUAUUCACAAUCGUAUUUAUUAUUUGCGAAUACAUUCUGCAAUAUCGCCUCGUAUUGGCGCUUCACUUUUGUUCUCUUUUCUGUUAUUGUCUAUUUUCUCUUGUUUAAUUCCACUUUUCACGAAAGUGUAGUUUGAAAUUUUCUGCUUAUAAAAGAUCCUUUUCACGAUGGCAAAAGAUAAUUUAUGAAUAAAUUAUCGAAUAAUUUACAUAUUUAUUUGCUGUUUCUUUCGCUAUCUCUAUGAAGGUAUAUGCUUUUUUUAUAAAUAAAUUAUUCUACUAUAUCGAUUAAUUUAUGUGCAACUUUAUUUUGCGCAAUAAUACAUCGGACAUAUAUAUAUAUAUUUUUUUUCUCUAUAAUUUAAAAUUACGAAACGAUUGGCUUAAUGCUUUUUAUGUGUUAUAAAUUUUAUUGUAAAUGUUGUUAGCUCUACAAUGAGUUCUUGUUAGAGAUUAUUAGUAAGAAAGAGAUUAUUUCUUUGACACGCACCAAUACAAAUAAAGAACUCAGCAAUCGAAACGCCAAGAAACGGUAGUAAUAAAAUAACGAAGACGGCCCUCAUAUAAUUAUAUGACACGAUAUAAUAUUAGGUAUAUCAAAUUAAUUUAAAUGUGUAAACGACGCAAACGCUAGACUAAUCGUAAAUCGAACUUUUCACGUGGCUCUUUUUAUCGAGGUUCUAUCUCAAAAUCGAAAAUCAGCAUAUUACGAGGAGAGAGUGUAGUGCUGAACCGUGUAAAAACGAGAAGAACGGAGAAACAUGUGUAUACGCCAUAAUAAGGACACUCGACGUGUAUCUCGUGACCGAGACACUCUAAUGAACUGCUUAAAACUCUAACGAAAGCCGCAGUAAACAUAGUUAAAGCGAAUAUAAGUUCAAGAAUAAAUAACAGUGUGUCCGGAAUGUAAAUUGUGUAUAUCGAACAAGGAGCGGCAAGCAUCGUUGACUGUAUUACCUACUUAUUCGAGCAGAAGCAUCAACACCAUAAAAAACAUAAAGUAUAUAAAUAAAGUUUGCACUCAGCAGUUAAUAAGCGGAGACUGAUAAUUAUGCCAGUGUAUAAAGAAAGAGAGAGAAAUACAAGCAGUGCGUGUUGAAAGUGUCACGCUCGUCCGGAAAUAUAAAACUGAGUUAAACAUUAAACCAUUAUGAAAAAAAAAAAAACAAGGAACCUAUGGGAAGGACCGUAAACCAAAACGCGUCACGGAACGUCACGAUCGUUAACGUACUAAAACCAAGUGCAACUUUGGCGAUAAUUAACUGGUCACAAAUCUGUGCGGUACAAAUCUCGCGGAGAUAAACGAGAGGUGAGGAGAGAAAGAGAAGAAUUAAACGAAGCGGGGAAACUUGAAGAUCUGUUGUAAGACAUACCGAAACAAAUGUCUAAAAUAUGUGAUAAUAUAAAACUCACAGGUGGAAUAAUCAAAAUGAGAAUAAACGUCUAUAACGCUCUGCUAAUUUUUUGAUGUAAAUGUACCUCGUAGUUAACGCGUAACGGUUCCAUUAUUCGCAUGGUGAAUUGUGAUGGUCCUAAGUUGCCCCACAGGCGAAGUGCAUAAGAAUGGGAGCAUAAAUGUUCAAAGUUAAAUAAUUAAAACCGAGACGGGACGAGAGAGGAAGAAAGGAAGUGCGUACACGCGAUGUACUACAGUGUAUACCAGUGAAAAAGAAAAAAAACAAGGAAACAAAGAAAUACAAGGAGAUUAAUAAACGUUCGAAAAUAGAGAUGUACUGUCCGAGGAACAGUUUUUAAAAAAGAAGUAAUCUCGACUUUUUCAAGAUAAUCCGAUUUUUUUAAUUAUUACGUUAAAUGUGGGUAAAGUCUUAGUCUAAUCGCGUUAUCGUAAUUGUAAUUCUUCCGGGAGCGGCGUGCGCGCCCCCGUGCGAGAAAGGAAGCGCCUAUUAGCGAUAAUUUUAGACCCGAAUCCGCUUUAUUUACGCGAGUGAUUCUAUGCGUAUAUAGAUAAGUAGAACAAAGAAAGGAAACGAACUUGUCGUCCAUCGGACUUCAUCAUUACUCUGAAUUUUGUUCGACAGAGAUAAUUUUACUUCGUAAUUCGUUAUUGUACGUAUUAUGUAGUAUCUUUUAUACGUCACAUCCGGCGAAGAGCGACGCGCAUGAAAAUUGCCUUUGUGCUUACCGACCCGCGAGGGUUACGUAGUAUUACGCGUCACAACGUCGCAUUAUAUACAGAGUGUAAUCAGAGCUGUUGCACGUUAUGACGUCCGACAAAUACGGGAACCGAGUGCGAGAGCAUAAAUGUUAAAAAAGCAAGAUGAAGGCAGUCUUUAUGCGCGCGCGCGCGCGCGUCGCGUUAGACCUAAAAAGAAAAUUAUAAAAGAUAUCGAAUGUCUGAAUUUUUGAGUGAUACACGAUACGGUCUGUUGUUUCGUUUAACGUACUUUCGUGAAUAUUACUUUUUUUGUCAAAUAUCCGAAGCGGAGAAUAUUGCAGAAGAAUGUAGCGGUGCGACGCGAAACAAGACAUGUAUACAACACGUAUUGCGACAUACACACACACACACUCCACCGACUGCGUUAGAGAUAGGAUCGAGUACACUCAGUAUUACCAAUAUUACCUGCAGCAUGUUCUCGAACCUUUCAUGAGUACUUCGAAGUAUCUAAAAAUGAAAGAUAUAUGUAUAAUAGCGUUUUACAUCUUUUUACUUGCAAACGUAACCGUAGCAAUGUAUGUAUUAUUACGAGUAAAUUUGUAUAGAUUUUUACUUGCAAUGAUGCACGCAUUGAUACUAUUAUGUUUGUGAAUAAAAGAACAUAAAAUAUUAUCGUUUCGAGUGUACUUCGUGAAGCUCCAAUUACAUCUCAUAUCGAUAUAGAGUUCGGCAUUACUGCACCCACGUCAGAUCGAUCAAUUUUCCAUCGUAGCAAGUGUUUUACAAGUGUACGAAAUGAGUCCACGAUGUUCAAGAGUGCAGAUUCGAUUUCAAUGAAGUAACAUCCGGUCAUAUCGAAUCGACACACGAAUACAAGUUGAACUCAAUCCUAUUCCUAAACUACGUUCUCGAGCGCUUUUUGUCGUCCUUGUAUCUUUCUUUUUUUUCACGUUGAGCGUGAAAUCGAAAUUUAUAUCGAUCGGAGUUACGUCGCUCUCUAUCGAUGUAUUGUAAUUAGUGAAAUUUAUUUGUCGACCUGUUCGGAUAGCAUAAAUUAUCGAUCGAAUGAUCAUUGGA